CUGUUUCGGUAGACAACGAUUUAUCUUAUUUACAAACUGAAUUCCUAAAUAUCAGAGAUAAACCUAAUUAUAUGAUGUAUGAGGUAGAGGUAGAGGAUUUAGUCACAAUCAAUGAUACUCUACACAGACACGUAAGAACAGAGACUGAUAAUAAACUGCAUACAUGUGAUGUUUGUGCUAGAGAAUUUAGUCACGGUAGAGACUUAAAGAGACACAUGAGAACACAUUCUGGUGAAAAAUGUCACAAAUGUGAUGUGUGUGCGAGAGAAUUUUCUAGGGGUAGUAACCUGAAGGUACACAUGAGAACACAUACUGGAGAUAAACCUCAUGUCUGUGAUUUAUGUGGUAAAAGGUUCAGUCAUCUUAGUAAUUUGCGGAAGCACAUGAGAACACAUACAGCCGAUAAACCUCAUGACUGUGAUGUAUGUGGUAGACGGUUUAGUAGGCAUGUUAAUUUACAGAUGCACAUGAGAACACAUACAGAUGGUAAACCUCGUGUCUGUGAUGUAUGUGGUAAAGGUUUUAGUCAUUUAAGUAAUUUACAGAGACACAUAAGAACACAUACAGGCGAAAAACCUAAUGUCUGUGAUGUAUGUGGUAAAGGGUUUAGCAGGUUUGGUCUUUUACAGAUUCACAUCAGAACACAUACAGGUGAUAAACCUUAUGACUGUGGUGAAUGUGGUAAGGGGUUUAGUCAGCUUCCUAGUUUACAGAGACACAUGAGAAUACAUUCAGGUGAUAAACCUCAUGACUGUGAUGUAUGUGGUAAAAUGUUUAGUCAUUUUGGUAAUUUACAGAGACACAUGAGAAUACAUACAGGUGAUAAACCAUAUGACUGUAAUGUAUGUGGUAAAGUUGUUAGUCAAGGUAGUGAAUUAAAAAGACACAUGAUAACACAUACAGAUGAUAGAACUCAUGACUGUGAUGUAUGUGGUAAAGGGUUCAAUCAUCUUAGUAGUUUACAGAUUCACAUGAGAACACAUACAGGUGAUAAACCACAUGACUGCAAUGUAUGUGGUAAAGGGUUUAGUCAGCUUGGUAAUUUACAGAGACACAUGAGAACACAUACAGGUGAAAAACCUCAUGUCUGUGAUGUGUGUGGUAAAGGGUUCAGUCAUCUUAGUAGUUUACAGAAACACUCGAGAACACAUACAGUUGAUAAACCUCAUGAAUGUCAUGUAUGUGUUACAGAGUUUAGUCAGCAUUGUGACUUAAAGGAACGCAAUAGAAAACAUACCGAGGAUAAAGCUCAUAAUGAGAUGUAUGUGGUCGAGGUUCAGUAUGAGUGAUAUUUACAUAGACAUACGAGAACACAUACUAGUCAAAUCAAGGCAAAUGUCACAAAUCUAAUUUUUGUGCCAAAUAAUAUAUUGGAAGAAAA